AUGGAUGUAACAAACAAAACAGCAGUGACCGAGUUCAUUUUUCUUGGGUUUUCUGGUGUUCUGUCUCUGCGGCUCACAUUGUUUGUGAUGUUUCUCACUGUAUAUCUGUUCUCCUUCAUGGGAAACACCCUCAUCAUUUUUAUUGUUCUGAUGGAUUCCACACUUCAAACACCCAUGUACAUUUUCUUGGGAAAUUUGUCCUUCCUAGAGAUCUGGUACACCACAGCCACAGUGCCUAAAUUGCUGGCCACCUGCCUCUCACAGGUUGUCACCAUCUCUGUUUCUGGUUGUAUAACUCAGUACUACUUCUUUUUCUCCAUGGGAGCUACAGAGUGCAUCCUGCUGGCAGUCAUGGCCUAUGACCGGUACCUGGCUGUCUGCAGCCCUCUACAUUACUCACUCCUCAUGAGUAUUCCAGUGUGCCUGCAAUUUUCAGCUGGAUCUUGGGUUGGAGGCUUCAUUGCCCCUCUGCUACCUACCAUACUCAUCUCUCAUCUAAACUUUUGUGGCCCCCGGAAGAUCAACCAUUUCUUUUGUGACUCAGAUCCCAUUUUUAAACUGUCUUGCUCAGACACAUUCUUGGUGGAGGCCUUGGGCUACACAUGUAGCUCUAUCGUGAUUCUAAGUUCUUUCCUUCUCACCAUGUCCUCCUACAGCCAUAUUGUGGUCACAAUAACUAGACUGUCUUCCAGGGAUGCUAAGAAGAAAACUUUCUGCACCUGUGCCUCCCACCUCACUGUGGUCACCAUCUAUUAUGGCACCAUUAUCUUCACCUAUGUCCCCCCCCCAGCCAAAUACAACUUCACCAUUGGUAAGGUGGUCUCAGUGUUCUACUGUGUGGUCACCCCAGUGGCAAAUCCUCUCAUAUACACCCUGAGAAACAAAGAUGUGAAGAAAGCUUUCAGGAAAGUUCUAGCACAAAGGAGAUUGCUCUUGGUCAGAAACAUGAGAGGGAUUUGA